AUGCCCAAUCCUGCUCUGGUUCUCCGUAAAGAUAUUUCAUUGAUAAAGUUGAGAAUUACUAGUUUUAAUCAGUAUCACGCUUCAACGAUAAGUUCAGUAACCGAUACAUCAAUUGACAGCCGCACCGCACCGAUUCCUGGUCUACGACGAAUAAUGUCUCAGAUGAGUGAUGAUGAGCUCGUUUCUCAAAGGAAUAAACUCGAGAAGGAAGUUUAUGCCCUUGGAGUCGUGAUUAAUGAAUAUUUCCUUACAAGUCAACUGUGCAGUAGCUAUGAUGAAAUAAAUAGCACGCCACUUGUAAAGCGUGUCCGAGAAUUGGGAUAUAGUUCCAUCGAUGAGAUGUUGACGAAUUCUGGCUACUUCACCUCCGCAGUAAUUCGAUCUAAGAAACACUAUAAAGCCGAAAUCAAAGCUGGAAACAAGGCAACCCAAGAUCUGUCUUCGCUCGUUUGUCGUCAAGCUAAAAAGAAAAAGCAUAAAGGAACUAAGAUGAAUACUAGUUCCAGACAAUACUUUGUUCGCAACAAUUUUCAGUCUCAUUCCUUCCACGGACGAACAACUGCUUUUGGAGCAGGUUUCCAUCGUCCGAUGUUUAAACCGUUUUCUCCGAAAAAGGAACUAGAAUACAAUGCUCUGUGGGAAGAAAAUGGAGAACCUUCCCCCACUCCUGGUCCUAAUAAGGGUUUCAAUCUCUCGCGGAGUUCUUGCAUUGCUGCGAAUCAGCCACGGAACAAUAAUGAUGCAGAGACUUGGGAAACCGCGGAUUCAUGUCCACGAUCGAUGAUGGCCGACAGUUACAAAAAUGGCGUAGACUCUUCAUUUCUUAGCAGAAGAAAGAAAGACGCUUUGUCUUCGGUAAGGAGCUCGACUAGCACUGAAUCGUCCUUGUUUUCCACCGAAGACUGUCGCAAUAAUUCUCGCGUGAACUCGAAAAUGGUCGAUCCUGCUUCAUGUUACUCGCCGGCUGCUGGUGUCCAUCGUUUCAUCACAGCGCUUCGUAGUUGUGGUGGAACUGCAACCGCGGAUUUACUCAGAAAAAAGUACAGAGACCUUUACAAGGUUGAAUUGGACAAGCAUGAGCUGAAGAAGUACUUUGGCGUGACUUCUUCACGAAAAAUGGUCGAAACCUUUCUGCCGGAUCUCGUUGAAAUUACAAUGAUAAGAGGAUCUGGAGUACGCUGUUACAAGCUUCUAGAAAUGCGAUCAGAGCUACCGCCGAGACAUCCACCAUCAAUUUCUGAGCUAUACGAUCGCCUUAUAAGCAUUAUGAUAGAGAAGGAACCUGAGCCUGUCCACCUCGACUCGAUUACGAAUCUUUAUUCUGAGAAAUAUGGCGUCAAGCUAGAUCCAAAAGCUGAGUAUCUGAUGACGUGGAAGGAACUGGUGCUGGAGAAGUUCGCCGGCUCUAUUCAGCUCGAUAUGCGAGGGUUCAUUCAUCUGAAUAUGGAAGAUCCUCGUCUGAAGCAAAUGGUGAUGAAAAAACGGGUUGAAGCUUCUUUGGAAGCUGAUAUAGGCAGCGACUCUUUUGAUUCGUGCAAUUCGUCUCUAAGUGAUUUAUCCACGGAGGAUCAAGAUAUACGUACGACGAACUCUCGAAUGACCGAGCCGAAGACAAAUGACCGUACAGCGGUUUAUGUUGACAUGAGCCACCGAUCACAGCGAAAAAUUCAGGAAUUCGAGGACGAAUCGUUUGAAAGGACCUUUGACCGCAACUUGAGGAUUUCUCGAUCAUUUCAUGGCCGGUCAAAAGUUACAGCGUAUUAUGGUGAUGAAGAAUUGAGUGAUAUCGCAGGAACCGAUGCACACAGUGAGAGAAAGAAGCCUGGUUUACGCAUCACGUUCUCCGUACCAUCUGAGCCCAACGAAUCUACGACGAAUCAUCAACGUUUUGCAACAUGUAAUGCAUCAUUAAAUGAACAUACAUCAUCUUCAUCGAUGCCAAAACUAAAAACAACUGUUCCUCCACCCCUUGGCACUUUUUCAUCCGGUUUGGUACAGCCGCAAACAUCGGGAGCACGGCAGCGCUUGGAGAAAACUUUUGCAUCGGUCGGAAGUUUCUUUCGGCGUAGUGGAGUACAUGCAACGACUAGAGAGGCGGAGCCAUCUGCGAGUAGUGUCCGUUUGCAUAGCGGCACUGUUCCAAUGGACAAAAAAGUUCAGGAGAAAUGCUCAAGAUAUCCAGGGAAAGAAAAUUUAGCACUGAAAGCAGAAAAGGAUGUGGAAUGCGCACACCCAUAUUUUAACGUCCACGUAAAAUCAGCAGCUGGAGAAGCCCGCUCAAUCGCUGCACAGAAGGGGUUAGUCAUAAAGUAA